AUGGCCGCCGCAACGGUCUUUGACGAAGGCUCCCAAUCCUGGGUCACCCUCUCCACCUCGGCCCUGGUAGAUCUAGUCCUAGAUGUAAUGCGAGACGUCGAGCCCUUCGAGCCCUCCGGGGCCUCCGAGACCUCGGGAUCACUCUAUGAAUAUACGAACCCCUUCGAAUUCGCCGACGACGACGACCAAAGCCAGGACCAGUACCCCCACGAGCCAUGCCGCAACUGCCUAUCCCCCUUCCACUGGACCGACGACUGCGAGGCGGACUGCGGCCACUGCGGACAACGCUGGCACACCGUCGACGCGUGCGAGAGCGUCCCGCGGAACCACUGCAAAUGCAGCCCCUUCCCGCAGCGGCAUCUCGCCAAGCGCUGUCUGGUGGUGUGUACCGCCGAGUGUCCCAAGACCGACAGGGACCAGCCCGGGAGCGAGUACCACCGCAACGCCAUGAUGUGUAAAGCGCGGUGUUGCAUGUGCGGACUGCUGGGCCACGCCGGGAGGGAUUGCCAUUUGAAGAGGUGCCGGUGUGGCGUUGCGCAUUUGACCAUUGACCAUCCCUCCGAGCGGCGUAGGUGUGUUGUGGAGGAGUGUCCUAGGUGGUACUGUACCAAGCACUGUCAGCAUUCCAAGUGUAAGGCCGAGUUGGCGAAGCUGGGGGAGGAAAAGUGUUCGUCUUGCGGAAAGGGCCAGAUGCAUAAAUUUUAA